CUUGAACCAGCAAAAGAGAUUUGCAUUUUAAAUAUGCCUGGUUGGCAAAAGGAUUACCUAGAAAAUGAAGAUUCGAAGAAACACCUCGUUUCUCUGGCCAGUAUUGAUUUAACAGCUAUCAUUCCGACAAUUCUUCUGAAUGGCUUGGUCAUUUUUGCCGUGACAACAAGGCGCCGACUGAGAAGUAACUCAACUAUACUUCUAGCAUGUUUAACUGGGGCAGAUUUGCUAACAGGGCUUAUCACCCUACCUAUUGCCUUCACGCUAGAACUUAAGAGACUUCUUAACGUUGGACCUUUCUGUCCUUUAGAGAAGACGUUCAAUGUGAUCAUUUUGAUGGUUGGUUGCGCUUCCCUCGGUCAUCUGGUUGUAAUCAGCAUAGAACGGUAUAUUGCUGUUAAGGAGCCUUUGAGAUACGAAGAUAUUUUUACAAAAAAGCGUUUGAUAUUCAGUGUUGUUUUGAUCUGGGCUUUCUCGUUGUUGAUGACAAUUAAUGAAAUUGUUUUGACUCUAAUAGACAUUGAGAGAGGUUUCAACUCAAUCUAUUUCAAAAUAACCUAUAUAAUACAAAGUACUAUCGGAGUUCUCUUACUUAUUGGUAUUUCCUUGUCCUACGGUUACAUUUACUCAGAAACUCGCCGUCAGAUUAAACGGCUCCGUACCGAACAACUACCUCAAGAAGAAGUUCAAAGAAUCAAGAAAGAUAGAAAGGCACCUACAACUCUGGCAAUCAUUCUGAUUGUCUUGGUAAUUUCUUAUUUACCAGUGAUAAUAAUUGGGUCAGUGAUUACUUCUUCGGAUACUCUAUUACUGCCUGGAUUUAGAUGCAUUAUUUGGAGCUGGGCGGGAACUUUUGCAAUGUUAGGUUCCCUGUGUAACCCUAUUGUUUACUGUUGGCGAAUGAAGAAGCUAAGGCUUGCAUUUCUCGAGAUACUACAUCUACGACAACCUGAAAACACUCUCCCUGGGACAGAACUGAGAGAAUUUCCACGCAAUCAACCUGAAAUUAACCCCAGUACAAGCUAA